GAUUGCAUCUGCUUCGACCUUGUUAAUAGUUCUUUUUUUUGAACGUUUUUAUUACAGGUAUUUUCAGAGAAGGUCAGUGAUAAAAUGUCCUAUAUAUUCUGUGUUGCCGUAACUUUGUUUGGAAUGUUCGGUUUUGCAUUAUCUGUUGAAUGCAAUCCCUGCAAAGAAAAUUGGGUGCUGAUUUUUCAUGCAACAAGCGGAAGUGGCGAGGAUGUUUUAAAAGCAUGGAAAACAAGACAUAACAAUUGUGACCUUUUAUCCGGAAUCUGUCCAUGUUCGACAAGCAAUGGGUGUCUGCCGCCUAAAGCCAGAUUUGAAACAUUAAAAUCAACUACAAAAACUUUAAGAAGUCCGUAUAUAAAUUAUUGGAAUAGCUUGAAUAUCAAUAAGGUCAAACUUGAGUUAAACACUCGAGGAAACACAGUAGCUUUCAUUGAAUUUGAUGGAAAAGAUUCAAACUAUCUAAACUGGUUUGACAACAGCAGGAUUUUAUCUUCAAGUUGGACCGAUGUGCAUAAAAGUCAAACUUACAAUGUUUUCUCAAUCGACAAAGAAUCAAGGUUUUAUAGACACUUUUACAUCAACAAAAGUUACGGAGGAUGCCCUCAGGAUGUUGGAUGGUUAGCUGUAAAAGAAUCUGCUAAUUUCACUAGGGCGUGUGACUGGGAUAAACAUAGCACUUAUCCUCAAUUUUUGUACAGUAGAAAUGGAAAAGUCACCAAGUGGAACGAUAUGGAAUUCGGAAAAGCGGAUGUUCUGAACAUCUACGUCCAAAUGGGAUAGUUUUGUUUGAAUUCAAUAAAUAUAUU